AUGUCAAAUGAUAAUCAAGUCGAAAUCAAAUCUCGCAGUCGAUUGCAGCAGCUGCAGCUUACAUCCGAUCCAAUUGAUUACCUAUUCUCUCCAACGACAUUAGCCCGAGAUCUUUCAUAUGUGGAUAAAACGUACUAUAAUGAAUCAAGGCACACAUCCCAAUCAUUGGAGUACCAUGAACAAGCGACAACACAAAAGAAUACCCCCUUGACAACCACUCGUAUGUGCAAGAUGCUAUUCCACCGCACCUUCCAUUUCAUAUCCUCGGUAUCGCAUCUCGAAUUGCGAAAUGCAGGCUUACAUUCCUUGCCGACCGAGAUUACGACAUUAAUACGGCUAUCAUUCCUUGAUUUAUCACACAAUCGGUUAUCCUUGCUUCCUUCUUCUAUUCAACAGCUGAAGCGGCUUCGACAUUUGAACCUUGCACAUAACCGCCUAUAUCAUCUACCGGAUGUGAUUGGGAAAUUAAGGAGGUUGAUGCACCUUGACGUGUCACACAAUGGUCUUCGAGAAGUGCCAUUAGCAAUAAGUGAGCUGGUGCAUUUGAAAUGGCUUGACGUAUCACGUUCAGGCAUUGAUGCUAUCCCUGCUGAAUUACUACGACUAUCCAAGAUGACCAUAAAAACGGAAGGUUGUCCUAGGUUGCAGCGUAGGGCAUCACGUUUCCAACAUCCUCUUUUACAUGAUGCUCCUAGCCUUGUCGAAAUCUGUGCUAGGCAUCUUGUCAAACAAAAUGAUAAUGCAACUCCGCCAAUCGCUGUGCAACAAGCGCUGCCAAUGCGUGUAACUAGCUAUUUGUCUCAGCAGAAACCCUGUUCAUUUUGUGGACAGCCGUACUUUGGGCCACCCGUGGUUCGAUAUCGUAUUACCCUUCACAAUGAUGGUCACUAUAUCCCAAUCAAGUACCAAAUGUGUGUUGCGCAUUGGUCGGAUGAUACAGAUAGGAUACUUGCAUUUUUCUCACAACCCUCUUCCUUGUUGUUGCAUGCUGACCACAUUUGA